UCCAACAAAGUCCCAGCCCCCACAUCUCAUCCACAUGUAUAAAACCCCCCACCACUCUCUUAACUCUUACCACCACCACCACCACCACAAUGGCUUUCACACCUCUCUCUCUCCUCCUCUCUCUCCUCCUCUCCCUCCUCCUCGCCUCCCAAACCCUCGCCCAGACCCCCACCGCCCCAGCCCCCUCUCCGGGCCCGAUCAACAUCACCGAGAUUCUCGUGCGAGCCGGCCAGUACAACACCUGGAUCCACCUCCUCACGGUCACCCAAGUCGGCAGCCAGAUCGACAGCCAGGUCAACAACUCCAACCAGGGCAUGACCGUCUUCUGCCCCACCGACAACGCAUUCAACAACCUCCCCACCGGGACCUUGAACAACCUCACCAUCCAGCAGCAGGUGCAGCUCGUGCUCUACCACGUCCUCCCCCAGUACGACACCCUCGCCGAUCUCCUCACGGUCAGCAACCCCGUCCGGACCCAGGCCUCCGGCCAGGACGACGAAGUCUUCGGGCUUUACUUCUUCGGCCAGAACAACGAGGUGAACGUGUCCACGCUCAUCGUGUCGACUCUGGUCAGCAACUUCUUGCGCGAGCAGUUUCCUUUGGCCAUGUACGAAGUGGACAAGGUUCUGAUGCCUAAGGAAUUCACUGAAUCUCCCGCCCCCGCGCCUGCGCCGGCGGCCGCAAACACCAGCUCACCGAGCACCACGAAGUCGACGACGGCGGCGGCUAAGGGCAGUGGCUCGGGACGGUUAGGGGUGGGCUUGGGUUUGGUUGCUGGUCUUGGGUUGUUCUGCAUUGGGCUUCUCCCCUGAGGAUAUACGUGAAUUUUUUUUUUUCUUUCUUUUCUUGUGGUUAUUUCAUGGCAUGAGUCGCUAUUUCUUUCCUUUUUUUUUCUUU